AUGACUGAUCCAGAACCUCGGGCUGUCCAAGCCACUCAAACCUCGGAUGGAAUCACAACCAUCACCAUCUCCCGCCCUCAUCGCAAGAAUGCAGUAGAUGGGGCCACUGCUAAAAAGCUUGCCGAAGCUUUCUUGGCUUUUGAAGAUGACGCAACUCAAAAAGUCUGUGUUCUUUACGGAAAUCACGGUACUUUCUGCGCUGGUUUUGAUCUCCAUGAAGUUGCAAAGUACAACUCGGGCCAAGAAUCUGGGGACUAUCGUGGCCCAACUGUCGAUCCCUCACAUACAGUUGACGGCCGUAAUAAUGGUCCGAUGGGCCCUUCAAGGAUGCAAGUCAAGAAGCCUGUCAUCAGUGCAGUCUCAGGAUACGCUGUGGCUGGCGGAUUGGAGCUCUCACUUAUUGGUGACAUGCGUGUUGUUGAAGAAGAUGCUGUAUUUGGUGUAUUUUGCCGCAGAUUCGGUGUUCCGCUUAUUGACGGUGGAACUGUUCGACUUCAAGCCAUAAUUGGUCUGGGUCGAGCCAUGGACAUGAUUCUCACAGGACGAGCCGUGAAGGCUGAUGAGGCACUGCAGUUUGGUCUUGCCAAUCGAGUUGUAGCCAAGGGUCAGGCAUUGACAGAAGCUACCAAGAUUGCUAAACAACUUCUAACAUUUCCUCAAGAAUGUAUGAAUGUUGAUCGAUCUAACUGCUACUAUUCUGUAUAUAAUGCCAGCUCCUUUCAGGAUGCGCUGAGGAAUGAGUACGAGAAUGGUGUCAAGGUCGUCGAUACGGAGAGUGUGAAAGGUGCUGCAGCUUUUAGCAGUGGGACGGGAAGACAUGGCGUCUUUGAAACAGCGAAUCUCUGA